AAGCCAGCAGUCGCAUUCGUGGAUUUUGCAGCGCCAGAAAAAAUUUCAGAGGACGAAGAAUCCGGAAAAGCGGGAGGACAAAGUAAAACCCCAGCUGCCAAUGGUUCACUGAAAACCGACAAGCACAAAGAAAAUCACACCAGCACUGUACGCUUCACGUUGCCAGGCGAUGUUUCGGAUGGGGAUGCUGAUGACUGUGAGCAGCAACAGCAGGAAUCCGCAGAGGGUACGAGGCUUCCAGAAACAGAGGAGAAGGCAGAACCCUUGAAUCCGAAUGCUUCUCCCAACGAAACGCCGGAUUCCUCAGAGGUUUCUGUUCUAAGCUCCGAAGAUGCUGCUAGAACAAGCGCUGAUAACGAACCCACUGAUGGCAGGAUUAGUAUCAGUCGAAAUUUACGGUCGGAUUCUGCUAUUUUUGAUGCAACGACAGAUGAGCAUAUUCCAGUUCGUCGGAAAUAUGGUAGCAUAUCAUUUUGA